AUGUUGCUGCUCUUCAUACUGGUGCUAGGAUUUUCGUCAUUGGCUGCGGGAGACGUAACCCAACCGUUGAGGAUGGAAGAACCUCAAGAGGUGACAUCUUCGAAUCAUGAACUUGAAAGAAUGCAACAACGCCAUCUGCAAAUAAUUAGUGCAAUACGUAAGCAUAUGAUAUUCGAACAAAAAUUGGAAGAGCUAUAUAAAGAAUUGGGGCUGGCAAGCGAGACAGUCCGUAUGGAUGGUAUAUACAACUGUGAGGACAAUCAAACUCCGGCAAAUAAUCAGACUUCUCCGAUUGAGAAAAUAUGUUCUGCUAAUAGUACUGAUGAUGGUGACUUGGAGUCAUACCGACCUCUACCUGAUAAUGGGAAACCAACUGUUGAGAAAAUAUAUUUUACAGAUGUGAUAGAUGAUGAUGAGCCGAAAGUAUGUAAAUUGAAUUAUACUGAUCCAAACCCCGUAUGCGCAAAACUAUCGCUUGCUGAUAGCUGCGCUGCCUCAAAUGUCCUCCUUUGCCGAGAUGGACUGUGUCGCAUACGAAAUCACAUGUUUGGACCCAAUUCAUUUUUGGUUCCCUGCGAUGGCGAUUGGACAAUUAUCCAACGACGUCUCAAUGGUUCUGUGAAUUUCCAGCGAAAUUGGCUGGACUACAAGACCGGCUUUGGCGAUUUGCAGGGAGACUUUUGGCUCGGCUUAGAUAAAAUCUAUUCUCUAACCGCUGUUCGUGGUGGUGUCGAACUAAAAAUUGAAAUGCAGGAUUUUGACAAUGUCUGGAGUUACGCCCAUUAUGGUUCAUUCUCUGUUGGUAAUGAAAACACAAAAUACAAAUUGAUGGUGAAUGGUUAUACACAAUCACCAGCUGGCGACUCGGUCGUUUUUAAUACCGCAUUACCAUUUUCCACAAGCGAUCAGGACAAUGAUGACAUAGAAAAUAAAAAUUGUGCCUCUUUGAUGAUGGGAGCUUGGUGGUACCUUGACUGUAAUACGGGCCGCAACAUAAGCAAUUUAAAUGGUUUCUAUUACAAAGAUGGCGUCGUUCCCAGGGACAAGCCCGGAAGUGGCAUUAUGUGGAAAACAUUUCGUGGAGAAUUUAAUUCAUUGAAAUUUGUUCAAAUGAAAAUAAGAUCGAAGAAGAAAUAA